UAGCGCCAUCGAAAUUUUAAGGAAUUUUAUGUUUACUUUUGGGAAUAUAAAUAAUUGUAGCCUAUUUUAUCUACUUUAAAUAGUUAGACAGACGCUCUUAUUAAUUGUUAAACAAAGUGCGUGUUCAUUUAUUACUCAUAUAUCAAAUAAAUGUAUGUAUUGUGAAUCCUAAAUUUGUUUUUAACCGUGGCGAUUCGUGAGACUUCGGUCCAUUUAUUUGACAAGUUAAAAUGGCGGCCUCUUUUAAACUAUCAUACCAUCAAAAAUCUUUAGUGUACCGGAGUGAAAAUUAAAAUCUUUUUGUGAUAUUAUUUGUAAAUAAUAACGUUUAAUCAGACGUUCAAAAUGGAACAUAACUUAGAUGAUUCAUUAAACUUAGAAGGAAGCAUAGAAAGUAUGGAUUUUGAUAAUGCCGGAGUGGUUGUUAGUCAAGAUAAUAUGACUCUCUCUGCAAAUGAACACUCAGGUGAUCUCUCAAUGGAUUUUGAAGAACAACAAAUUUUAAUGGAUGCAGGAACGGAAGAAGUCAUUGAUUUUACAGGUGACCAGUUUUCGCUUCAGGAGUAUGCUGUGCAAGAUGAUCAAACUCCAGAACCUGAAGUGACUAUUGAGCUGAACUCCGCAUCUUUGAAACCCACUAAAAAGCCAGAAGUGAGCAGCAUGCCGCGACAAGUGCCGAUAGCGCCGAAGCCCCGCCUGUCGCAGACGACCAAACCGAAGACCACGUUCGGCCCGGGCAAGCAAUACGCCAUCGCGCCGAAACCUGUUACGUUUGUGAUGAAUAAAAAUACAAAAAAAGUCUCAGUGGCUGGUGUACAAACAAACUCAAAAGGCAAUGCUGUAUUAGCUCAAAUUGGUAAGCAGUUAGUUAUGGUACCAGCUGAAGGAGCACAGAAAAUUAAGCUGGUGUCUGCCGGAUCAGGUGCCACUCUCCAAUAUGUCCGAGCUAAUUCUGAUCAGGCACAGUUAACACCAGCAAAGGCCGCCGGAACAACUCAAGCUAAGCCUUUAGUGGCUAAGGUCGUAGUGCAAGCAGGUCACUCAAACACGGAUACAAGUAAUCAGCCGGCAGUACUAACAAAGUUGUUGCCGUCAAGUAACGCGGGCGCCCGGUACGUGAUGCAACAGAAAACCGUCCCUAUAUCUAUUGGAAAUAAGGUUUUGCUGUCCUCUCCUACUAAGCAAGGAGUUAAGAAGCAGCAAAUUAUUGCCGUAAAGUCGUCUCCACAAAAAGGUUCAACGAAAAAAGUUUUCAUAUCGGCAAAUCCUAACCAGAAUGUGAUCCUAAAGACCACAGCGCCAUCAAAGACUGGACAAAUUACAAAAGAUGGUAAUGUCAUUCUGCAAGGAGGGCAGCGGACGCAACUGCAUCAAAUCAACGUACCGGGUAAAGGCAUACAAUAUAUUCGACUGGUCACGAACUCGACCCCGGCCGCCUCCAAGUCUUCCUCCUCGGUGACGCUUCCAGCCAAGUCAUUCGUCUUGACCGACGCUAAAGGUACAGUCCUUCAGAUGAGCUCAGAAAAAAUGCUUAGUACUCAACCACCACCUUUGAUCAUCACAGGGAAUUUACAAAAUUCGUCUAAAGUGACCGUGAAACCCGAUCGCAAGCUGGUGAGGAUAGCUCCGCUCACCAGCAAGAGUGGAGCCGCCGCGACGCAACCGCCGCCGGCGCGGCCGCCGCAGAGCCUGCUGGCGCCGCUGUCCCCCGCGCUCGUCAAGCGGGAGCCCGAGCCGCGCGACCACGACCCAGACGACGUCAAGCCCGCCCUGCGCGACCACGUGCAGCCAGACACCCUGGAGGGUCAAAUAAUGGGUGAGAAUGCGGAUAGUAUGGACAACAGCACAGGAAAUAACGUCGAACACCCGCUAAUUGUGAUACCGAAUUUCCAACAUGAGGAGUAUGACGACAGGGAAAUUGUAUACGAGCAAGACAUCAAGACGUCUAUCAACAUGCACGAGUCCAAAACACUGGUUGAGUUAGAACCCGAAAUAGUAUACUCACCACCGAAAACGUCACCUUCACCCGAUAACGACGUGGGGGCCACGGAACUAGGUCUUCGGCCAAGGAAGGCGUGUAAUUGUACAAAGUCUCAGUGCCUCAAGUUGUACUGCGACUGUUUCGCGAACGGGGAGUUUUGCAAUCAAUGCAACUGCAAUAAUUGUCAUAAUAAUUUAGAAAAUGAAGCGUUAAGGCAGAAAGCCAUCAGGGCGUGCUUAGAGAGGAAUCCUAAUGCGUUUAGGCCGAAAAUCGGGAAAGCAAAAAUCGGCGGGCCGGACAUCAUAAGGCGGCACAACAAGGGCUGCAACUGUAAACGAAGUGGAUGCCUCAAGAAUUAUUGUGAAUGUUACGAGGCGAAGAUAGCGUGUACGGCGAUGUGUAAGUGCGUGGGGUGUCGCAACGUGCAGGAGUUGGUGGAGCGGCGCCGCGACAUGCGCCUCCGCACGCAGGACAGCGACUCGACCUUCCGCCCGGCCCUGCUGGGGCAGCCCAAAAAUCCGUGCACGUUCAUGACGAUGGAGGUGAUCGAGGCCGUGUGCCAGUGCCUGGUGGCCGCCGCCGUGGAGCGACGGGACGACUCUCCGCGUGACGCGUCCCGUGACUCGCCGCGUGACGCGCCCCGUGACGCGCUCGGAGACGUGCUCGAAGAGUUCGCGCGCUGUCUGCACGAGAUCAUCGGGGCUUCGCAUCACGACUCCUUGCUGCUCGAUGUGGGACAAACGUGACAGAUUUGAAAUUUGCCAGCGCUGAAGAUGAAAACAUCUCUAAAACCCCACAAAACCUUAGGUUAACUUUACUCAAAUAACGUACUGUCAUCCUACGGCUAAUAUAUUUUGUUCAACCAGCCAUUCUAUUUAUAAGAAAAAUCAAUUUGCUUGCUAACAUUUAGUUAACCAGUUAGAUAUGACGUACCAAAUAUACGUCUUGACAUUAUUAAAGAAAUUAAAUGUAAAUAUUUUAAUCUGACGAAUACAGUAGUUUAAUUUGGAAUAAAUAGAACCUUUUUACAUGUAAACAUUAUAUGAAUAACAUAAAUGCAAUAUUAAAUAUAAAGUUUAGGUGUAGUGUAAUUGCUUCCAAAAGACUGUUAUAAAUAAAUACUUGACAAGUUUCGUAAACGUAGUUAAUUGUGAAUAUUUGUAUCUACUUUUUGAAAAUGGAUUCUUUUAUAAAUCAAUUUAAGAGAUUUUUAUUGUUGUUUUUAAAUGUAAAUAAUGUUGCUGUAAAUAAUAUGUUUUACUAGUCUUAAGGAUACCUUAGGAGGAAGGUAAUUAUAGUGUAUAGUGGCGAUAAAUGGAUUUUUACAGAAAA